CCGAGACAAGACCACCACCAGUCCCACUCUUCCCCCUCCCUAUAUUUAUUUUUAGUUUAGUUAGUAGUACCCAGCGUAUAAUAAUAAAAACCAAAGCUUAUUUAGUUCUCUGCUGUUUAUUUAUCUUCAUCAUAUCUUCAGUUGUUGGUUCAUGUAUUCUAUUUCUACUGUUUCCUUACAAGAGAACCAUCCUCCUCGGCCCAUUAUCGCUCUUUUUAACAACUGACACAGCAAUCUACCGAGCUUAGGUGUUGAAUAUGGGUGAAGUAAGUUAAGUUGUUCAGCAUUUACUUAUGCAUUUUGUUUUAAAGCUGAGUGAGUCGUUUUUGUUAUCCGUUCAAAUUUUGCAGCGGCUCCAUUUGAAUCUUAAUUUCCUCUAGACACAAUUAGAAAGAAAGUAUAUAUGUCUAAAAAAUAUGCGCUGAGAUUGUGCUAAUAAUAUUACUCCUUCUGUCCCAAAUUAAUGACUGAUUUGGACGAUGAUUAGGAGAAGAAAGAGGAAGGAGGAGAGAAGAAAGAAGAGAAACAAGCAGAAGAUGGGGGCAAAGCUCAAGAAGAAGUGAAGAAGAAAAAAGAAGAAGAAGAGGCGCCUGAGAUUGUGCUCAAGGUUGACAUGCAUUGUGAGGCUUGUGCUCGAAAAGUUGCUCGUGCUUUGAAAGGUUUCCAAGGAGUAGAGGCAGUAACAACGGAUUGCAAGGGGAGCAAGGUGGUGGUGAAAGGGAAAGAGGCAGACCCAACAAAGGUGUGUGACCGAAUUCAAAAGAAAACGGGGCGCAAAGUUGAAUUGAUUUCCCCUUCACCUAAGCCGCCGCCGCCUCCAGACGAAGAGAAAAAGGCCGAGGAGAACAAGCCAACCCCGCCGCCCGGGGAUGAAAAAGUAGAGCCUCCCGCUGUGGUAACGGUGGUGUUGAAAGUUCAAAUGCAUUGUGAUGCGUGUGCUCAGGUCCUACAGAAGCGGAUACGCAAAAUCAAAGGGGUUGAAUCAGUCACAACAGACCUCGCAAAUAAUCAGGUCAUUGUAAAAGGAAUUGUCGAUCCAGAAAAGCUUGCGACUGACGUGUACAAGAAAACCGGGAAGCAAGCGUCGGUUGUGAAGGAGGAAGAAAAGAAAGAAGAAGAGAAGAAAGAGCAAGAAAAAAAGAAGGAAGAAGAAGAAAAGAAGAAAGCCGAGGAGCAAGAAAAGAAAAGCGAGGAAGACGAGAAGAAGAACGAGGAUGUUAAAAAGAAUGAGUAUUGGCCGCAUCCAAGUAGGUAUUAUUACAUGCAGGAGUAUGCAGCCUAUCCUCCUCAAAUGUUCAGCGAUGAAAACCCUAAUGCCUGCAUUGUUAUGUGAAUUAUGUGUGCACACUUCCUUCCAUGAUGAUCACUGAUGAGGCGCGCUGGAAUUAACCAAUAUUAUGGCCCAAUGUUACUACUAUAUCAAUCCCUUUAUUUUUUUUGUUUCCUUUUUUUUGUUGAAGUACGUUUAUGCGAAUUUUGCAUAUACAUGUAGUACUAAUUAAUCAUUGAAUAUAUGUAUAUGGUUGGAUCAUAAUAAGACCAUGCACUGUGAUUUUUGAGGAAUGAUUCAUAUGUCGAAUGCAUUAAGUUGAGGACUAAUUAGUUGUAGACAAUGAAACUUGCAGAAAAACUAGUAGCCUCGUAUGUGGGUAUACUCCGAUGUCCGAUUCUUCCCAUAGUCAGGUAUAUUAAUCGGUUCACUUCAAUUAACAUCUGCUAUAAUUAUCCACCCAGCUUUCUG